AAAGUUUUGUAAAAGAAUCAAUCAAAUUAUCUAACUAAACGGUAAUUUUGUGUAGUAUGCAAACUAUAUUAUAAUCAGUUCAUCGGCUUUUAUCUUUUUGAUAAGAGGGGAUAUCAGUGAAAAUGAAAUAUUUAUUAAUGAUAAGCUGGUCAAAAAAAAAAGUCUUAUGUUCUGAGAUUUCUUAUUCGCUGUUCAAAACUUAAGAAAAUGACAAACAUUUUAUUGAGAAGCCAAAAUGUUAAAAAAUGUGUACAAUUAAUUCCAAAAAUAUCGUUUAUUCGGAAAUCGUCAUCGAGUCACCGUGAAAACGAUUUAAAACUAACGGAAGAUUGUGUCAGACGGCUUAAAGAAGUAUGUAACGAAGGAGAAUUUCUUCGCCUCAGUGUUGAAGGAGGUGGUUGUUCUGGAUUUCAAUACAAGUUCGAGUUUGACGAAUCUGUUUGCAACGAUGAUGUGGUUUUUGAGAAACAAGGUGUUAAAUUAGUAGUUGAUACGACUUCAUUAGAUUAUGUUAAAGGAUCAACAAUUGAUUACGAACAAAAGUUAAUUAGAUCAGCAUUUAAGUUAGUUGGAAAUCCAAAAGCACAAGAUGGAUGUUCUUGUGGUGCUUCGUUUUCUAUAAAAAUUGACUGAAUUUUUGUUUUUGUAAUUAUAUGUACUUAUGUAAACUUGAUGUGUACGGAUUUUAGUUAAACUAUGUGAAGACUGUACUGUAAUGUAAUUUUAAUAUUCUUAUUUUAAUGUAGUUGCAAAUUGUUAACUUGGUAAAACAUUCAUCUACUUUUGUUAAGAAAUCUAUUUUCGUUUAUAAAACUGAAAGAGUAAUAUAAGUGAUAAUUUUUAACUAAUGAUGAUUAAAUCAUAAUAUUUAUUAUAUAACUAUCUUCUUUAUACAAAAUUAUAAAAGAAAGUUAUUUUGGUAUGCUAAGAAAAGUCUAUUUUUUACUAGAAUAAUAAGAAUUAUAAAUGUUCUAUAAUUGGAUGAAUAUUUUUUUAAUUGUUAUCAUGUCAUUUUAAUUGUUAACAUGUCAAUCGUUGGUUUAUUUGUAUUAUUUUAAUAAAUUCAAAUCGGCAGUAUAAAAUUACAAAAUACAAAACAAAAUUACUAUAAUAAAAGCAAAAAUACAAAAUGUAA